AACAAAAAAACAAUUCGCAACCGGCUUUUCCAUUUGCAUAUAUAUUUACCUAUUUCACUUGCUAAAACCACUCCUCAAACGAAAAAUAAACGACCAACUGACCUCCCAAAUCCUUCAGCUCUGGCAUGAAAUGAGUUAACACGCAGCGGUCGAAAGAAAGCGGUAAACAAGGAAAAUCACCAUGGACGAUUUUGCCAGCAUAAAGCCGCACAGUUCGGUGGUCAAGUUGGCCUCCUGCCUAGAGAAGAUCUACGCGAAGGUGGUGGAGAGCCGGGAGAAGCAGGUGCCGGAGCACCAGAUCAAGGAAAUCGAGUUCCUCAAGUCGCAGUGCAAGCACGACCACAUGCAGCUCAGCCUGAUGAGCUGUCAAACGCUGGUGCGCCUGGUGGACGAGGGCCACCUGGAGGCCAACGGGGUGCAGAACAGCCUGCUCUCCAUGCUGGCAAAUGCGGGGCCAAUGCACUUUGCCAUCAUCACAGAGAGCAUUUUGGGUCUGCAGCUGCUUAGCCUGAAGCGAAAGACCUCAUCCCUUAAGGAUCAGGAGGUCUACCAGUGCUCUUAUGGCCUGAAGACCCAGCAGCAUCCAUUAAUCUCACUGCUCCAGCACUCCAGUGCCAACAUGCACGAUGUGGGCAACAAGAUCAUUGGUAUCUGUCAGCACCACGACAAGGGCAUUCGAGACUACAGUACAGAGUACCUGAGACCCGUGUUCCUCUAUGUACUCUGCAAUCCUCAAACUCUGCACGACGUUAAACCCAUUUGGACUUGCCUGCUAAAUUUGAGUGGCAAUCAACCGGAGGCGAGAGAUCUUAUGCAGGAGCUGCUGGCAUGGAGCAAGUUCAACAACGCCAGCACUUGCCUGUGCACCAGCAUCCUGGUCAUCGAGGCCAUCGAUCACUUCCUGCAGCGCGAGGACCACGCGCAGUCUAUCGACUUGGGCAUCUAUCAGGCAUGUCUCAUCAAACAGCUUGCUAAUUACGGCAUCGAUCCGCGUCCCAGUCUGCAGUGCCUUCUGCGAGUGCUACAUGCCACGCGGGAGCAUACAAAGGAUCACUACCAUGUCCUCUUGGUGCUGCUUGCAGAGGUUUUGCACGUGCUGUCGCCUUUUUACCUGGCGGAUCUGCUGCGCAUCAUCGUUUUCGUAGUGGUGCAGGAGCGCUGUGGCCAUGAAUACAUUCUGAACAUGUGUCUGGACGGAAUUAUUCAGUGGAUGUCUCAGACUGCAUUCAUACCCGCAGAGGGCUUGGCCUUGGCCCACCAGAUAGUCCAAAGAGUGUUGGAUACAGAAAGAUCUGAUCAGGAAGGGGAGAUAAUCACGACCAGGCAAUUGAAACCCGCCCAUAUGCGCAACUACCACGCGGACAUAGCGAUCGCCUUCGACCUGGCUACUUUGGUGGAGUCCUUCGACGCCUCCGAUAACCAAGAUGUGUUCGCCUUUGUCGACGCUCUGAAUGUCAAGGCAAAUACGGCUUUCUGCCAGCGACUGCAUCUCUUCUUGCGUGCGCUAUUUCUAUCGAAAAAGCCGCCAGUAGACUGCUGGUUUAAGAUCUACGAGGUAAUCCUGCAGAUCGUCAAGGUGAACGAGGGCAUUGCGUAUGAUUUCCUUAUGACAUACAUCUUCAAGCUCGCCCACGAAAGCAAUCCGGAGCUACAGCUGGAACUGCUAAGAGGAUUGGCCACCUUUGCCGUGUCCAAGGAUAAUGUGCCCAUGAUACUCAACACGAUUAGGAAUUUAUCCACCGAGAAUGGCACAUUUUGCGUAGACUUGUAUCUGCGUUUAUGGCGAGUGGAGACGCGUACUUAUCCCUUCCUUCUGAAGCAGAUUGCCCAACCACUGCCGGAUAACGACAAGCGCUGGGAGCUGCAGAUAGCCCGCACCCAUGCCAUGCGGGAGAUCUGUCAGGAAAAACCAACAUUACACGGCUCGGAGUUGCUGCCGCAUCUUAGCAACACCCUCAAUAACUCCUUCGAUGAGCCUGGGGAUCUGUCCACCUCCUUGGCCUUGGAUGCUAUAUACGCGCUGUGCGACAGUCACACCGUGAACAUUGCUUCCACUUGGCAGGCUCUGGGCAGUAAAUUCCGAAGUGAGCAGCGGCCGCAGACGCUCAAAUCGCUAUACAGGCUGUUUGGAUUGGUCCCACUGCUGCAGACUCCAACGCUCGAGUACGAGAAGCUGGCGGACGAUGCCCUGGAGCAGCUGUGGCAGGCCAUCAGCCGACCGGGCACUGAUGCCUCCCAGGUGCGGAACGCCCUGGUUGCCCUCAAAAACUAUGAGCCGGGAAUUACUCUGAACCUACGACACAUUCCAGCACAGUUUCGCUUUGAAAUCGUUGGCGGAGGAGUGGGAGUCGGAGUCCAGGGUGGUCGGGAAGUGGUAGACCUGCAACAGGAGACGGUGCCCGGCGAGGUGUGGGUGCAGCUGCUGCAGAAGAUACGUCCGGAAUGCGGAGAUGCCGCUGCGGAUCUAAUUUCACAUCACAUUGGCAGUGAAAUCGCCGGAUUCCGGAGCGGAGUCUACCGUCUGCCCGAGGGCAAACCAGAGCCACGAAAGCUGGUGGGUUUGUUUGCCACCAGUCCAACGCGAGCGGUCACCAGUUAUCUGGUGAGUCAAGCGCGCUUUGGCGAUUACGUCCCCGAACCGUAUGCCGUGACCUUCGCCCUGCGGUCGCUGUCCAAGAAGUUUCCGAAACCCAUUCCGCCACUGGACUGGAGCUGCCUCACGAGCUUCUUUCAUCUGUCGUUCGAUGCGCGGAAAUAUUGCAUCAUGAUAGCCAAGAACCAGGCCGUAAACUCGGGAACUGCCAAGCGUCUGCUGGAGAACUUCCUGGUCGACUUCGAGCCCAAUUGCUUUGAGGAGGAUCUCUUGCUGCUAUUCUCAUUGCUGCCAGAGAUUGCCAACAGUGUGAGCCUGCAGAUCCUGAAGAAUUUUGCCGAAAAGGUGGCCGUUUACUGCUUUAAGGAGUCCCAGCUAAACAACUUCGUCGAGGGAUGCUUGUUUGAGAAAUUCCUGGAAAGCGUCAAGUAUAUUUUUACUGGCAAAUGCGACAUACCCGAAGUGCUGGACGUUUUCACGCUGAUUGUAGAGCGCUACAUGGACUCCAUGAAUCUGGAUUCAAGGCUCUUCGAACGCUACACCGAAGUGGUGGCCACACUGCAUCCGAAUGCAAUUGAUGGGCUGACGACGCCUGCAAAUUGGUGGGAGACGCCGGUGGGCAAGCUGAAAAAGGCCACCAUCAUCCGUUGCUAUUUGGUGCUGUACAACGAGAAGCUACCGAAUCCUCUAAAGUGGCUCACUCCCAUCAUCGAUGCCUACGAGAAGCGGGCGGAGGAGAGGCCUUUCUUCUAUCGCCACCUGUCAGCCACAUUGUAUGCCUUUGCCAGCGAUGAGCACUCGUGCAACUGGGUAUCGGAGAUGUUCCUGGAGAUCCAGAUGCUGCUGGCCGAGGCCUCCAACAAGGAGAAGGUGAACAGGGCGCUGUACCUGCUGGACAUCUUUAUUCUAGCCGUGGAUGUGCUUUCGGGCUGUGCCGUCCUGCUGGGCAGCGUGGAUGUGGUGGCCACGGAUGACAAGCAGCGACUGUCGCUGUUCCCUGAGAGCUUGCAGUACCUGUGCGAUCACAUCUUCUGGAAGGAUCAGGAGGCUAAGAUCUACGAAUUCCUCUUCAAUCUCUACAAGCACACGUCCAUGCCGUCUUCCUAUGCCGAUGUCUUCAGGGAGGCCAUCAUUUGCUCCCGGAACAAGGCGUAUUUUGAUAACAAGGGUGUCUGGACCAAAUACGUAGGACUGCGUAAAUGAACUCGACGACCACUCACCGCAUUUAAACCCUCUGCCCACGCCUAAAGUGCACUUCAAUGGUUAAACCCAACCGCCUACCGUCAAUGUUAGUCAACUUUUGAUAGCAAAACGCGUUCAUUGUUAUUUGUAUGUGUUCGAACUUUUCCAUACAUUAAAUGCAUUUUUGCGCACAACAUUUAAA